GGAAAUUCCCAUCUGCCUUUUCCCCCCUUCUCUUCCAGAGCAUCUUGCGCAUGAGCACCACUGGGGGAGCGGUGCGCAAUUUUUCUCUGUGUGUGAAGCGGCAUUUCUGAGCCGGAACGCACAGACCAGUGAGGAGAAGAGAGGAAACACCGCAAUCUGACCACAGAGGGAACCAUUGCGGGGUUUUUCCGGUCUUUAUUUGAAUGCACUCCUGCAGGAGGGGAAGCAGCCAAACCUGAUGCGCCCUCCAAACUGGAUCUUUGCGCAGCCUGUUAAGAUUCAUUGCAUUCGAUCAUUUUUCUAAAUAUAUCUAUAUAAACGAGCAGAAGAGGUUCAGUGGUGCAGCAUCGUUCAUUGGUCCAUUUGAGAAAUUAUUGCUGCGGGCUGAGGGAGCAGCUUCCACCGCCACUUGACUCUUACAUAACCGGGUGGCUCGAGCUGUCCAAGGUGCUGAACCGAGCGGUCCGGACCUGGGAACGGGACAAGCCGUGGGGGGAUUCACAACCUUGCAAGGUCACAGGCCUACAUCGGGGAGGAAACGCACGGGAUCCGCUCGACCGAGCCGCACCACCUGGGUUUUAUUCACGUUUAUCUUUCUUCAUUGCAUCGUCCCCUGCUCCGAGACGCGUUUUCCUCAGCUGGUCCAUUCAGCGGGAGAGAGAAAAUGUCGGGGCAAACGCUCACGGAUCGCAUCGCCGCUGCGCAGUACCAGCUAACGGGAUCAGACAUGGCCCGAGCUGUCUGCAAAGCCACCACUCAUGAAGUGAUGGCGCCCAAGAAAAAGCACCUGGACUACCUGGUGUCGGCCACCAACACUACCAACGUGAACAUCCCUCAGAUGGCUGACACGCUGUUUGAGCGAGCCACCAAUGCCAGCUGGGUGGUCGUGUUCAAGGCCCUCGUCACCAGCCAUCACAUGUGUGUCCACGGCAAUGAGAGAUUCAUUCAGUACUUGGCUUCCAGGACCUCCCUGUUCAACCUCAGUAACUUUAUCGACAAAACCGGCUCUCACGGCUAUGACAUGUCUACAUUCAUCAGACGGUAUGGACGAUACCUGAAUGAGAAAGCUUUCGCCUAUCGCCAGAUGGCUUUUGACUUCACCAGAGUCAAGAAGGGUGCUGAGGGCGUGAUGAGGACCAUGACCACUGAGAAGCUGUUGAAAGGCAUGCCUGUUCUUCAGACUCAGAUUGACACACUCAUGGAGUUCGAUGUUCAUCCCAAGGAGCUGAACAACGGGAUCAUCAAUGCUGCAUUUUUGCUUCUCUUCAAGGACCUGGUCAAACUGUUUGCAUCCUACAAUGAUGGCGUCAUCAACCUAUUAGAGAAAUACUUCAAGAUGAAGAAGAGUGACUGUAAGGAGGCCUUGGAGAUCUACAAGAGGUUCCUGACCAGGGUGACGAAGAUUGGGGAAUUCAUGAAGCUGGCUGAGACAGUUGGAGUUGACAAAAAUGACAUUCCUGACAUUAACUACGCUCCCAGCAGUAUCCUCGAGUCUCUGGAAACACACAUGAAUGGUCUGGAGGACGUAAAGGGUGGAAAGAAGGGUGAAGGGUCUCCAACAAAGGGAUCUCCGACAAACAACGUGUCUCCAACAUCGACUCCAGCCAAAUCUUCAAACGCUGUUCCCACACUGCAGCCUCCUCCCGGGGAGAGUGCUGGUGCCGCAGCUUCAGCGGCUCCUGAACCAGUUGAAGAUUCCUUGUUGGACCUGGAUCCUCUGUCCUCCUCAGGUCCCUCAGCACCAUCAGCUGCCCCCACAUCUUGGGGAGAUCUUCUUGGAUCAGAAAUGGGCGAUUCCUUGCUAUCUGAACCCACCCUCACAGCAGAGCCCGCCCCCUCCUCUGCAGCAGCAACGCCCACUCCUGCAGCAGCAGAACCCGGAGUCUCUCUAGCUCCUCCCACUAGCACAGCAGCUGCCACCUCCCCUGGCGCCGCCAAUAUGGAUCUGUUGGGAGAUGCCUUUGCAACACCUGCACCUGCCACUGAGGCCUCUGCAGCAGCCGCCGAAGGUGGGGCUGCAGCUACGUCUGCCCCAGCCGCCAACACUGGAGCUGACCCCUUCACUCCCUCAGACGGUAACAUCAGCGCAGCGUCUGCGGGUGUAGACCUUUUCGGCAUGAUGACAGUGGAGAAUAAUAACCUGGGUAGCUCGCUGGAGGCCUGCUUUAGCUCGGCGAUGCCCCCGCCCUCCCCCUCCCCUUCCCCUUCACCGCUCUUCACCUCCACAUCCAGCACCAUCACCACCAUCGCAACCAUUUCAGCUCCCAUAGCCCCCAGCGCCGCCAACCCUACGACUGACCUUUUAAGCGCAGAUGUGUUCAUCUCCCCUGACCCCAUCUUUUCCUCCGCUCCCCCAUCCAAACCUGACACGGGAGCCAUCAUGAACCUGUUUGGUGAUUCUACAGGAGGAGACGCCUCAGCUGCUGCCGCUCCCGCUGCCCCCGGUGCUGAGCUCAUGUCAGUAUUUGAUGGCCUAGGAGAUGUAAUGAAGCCCACUGUGACUCCUCAAGCAGGCGAUGUUGACACCUCUAUGGCUAACAUGGCGAGUAAUCUCUCAAUGGGAACCACAGCGGCCCCUCAGGUAGCUCCCCCCAGUUGGGGUGCUCCCAUGCCCGGAGCACCGGGUGUUGGAGCUCCCAUGAUGCCCAUGGUGAGGCCAGGUUUCCCAGCCACCGGAGCGACACCCGGAGCACCGAUGUCUCCUGGAGCGGCCCAGAGCCCCAGAAAGCCUCCACCUCCCAGGAACGCUCUGGAUGACCUCAAUAUUAAAGACUUCAUGUAGACGGACUGGCCCGAAACCCCCCAAGGUUUAUUGUAUCUGGAGCUCCGUGGAUGUGGACGUCUGCACUUCCCCACUGCCUCCCCUCCAUCACACCACGACCCCUUCAGCCAACAAGCCAUCACAUCUACAACCGUUGCCCUCUGAACUCCCACCAGCCACGACCCCCCUUAAAAAAACAAACCCUCCCCUCCUUAUCUAAUGUUGUAGCACAACUGUGAAUGUGAACCCUAGAUACAGAAAACAAAAUUCAGUUUAUGUGUGUGUGGGUGUGCGUGUUAUUCAGUGUUAACCUUUACUUAAUAUACCACUGGAAAAAAACGAACAAAAAAAACAAAUUAAUGUGUAUUUAGAUUCAUUCUGGAUAUCUGCAUAUCAGCUGACUUGGAAUGGUGGAUAUAUGUUGGUUUCUUUGCGCAUCUCCCAGAUGAGGACUGUGUUGUUAAAUGUGGACUGUGUUCAGUGUGUGUAACUUCACUGGCCAACCCCCCCACUCCCACUCCUUAACCCAUGUCAUCCAAACUAAUACUGAGCUAUGUUUAUGUCAUUGAAGACUUGGUUGUUCCUGCUCGGCCAUCCAUCCUCCCACCUGUUAUUAAUCCAAAAUGUACCUGAACACAACUUGCAAUCUAAUUCUGGACUUCUCUUUGAACACAUCUGGUUUCGUUUUAACUUUAUGGUUUUGUAGGGAUCGCACGAACACACAAAAGUUUGUGAAAUGUGUUCAAAUCGACAUAUUUUAAAUGAUAGAUUAUACAUAUUUUCUUUAUUUUGAGAAUAUACAAAAACGUAUCAUAUAUUUUUAGUUAUGUCAAAUUAUAUGGUUGAGAAAAAAAGGCAAGUAGACUCAAAACCGUUCCCUCCUUCUUUGUACAUAUCUCUCAAUCUGUAGUCGGGAGUCAGUAUUGAAUGGAAACUUGUGUUUACUGUUCCGCCCUCUGCUGGUGUGGAGUGAUUUUGCAUUGUAGCGUGCAGCACUGGUCAAUCUAGGAUGCAUCCUGCAGAGUGCUCUCUCAGUCGCCAUAUGGAAUGACGAAAGAGACAAGGAAGCAUCUGAUUGGAACAUGGUCACUGGAAGUCUUGGGGACUCAAGUAUACGCUGGAUGUUCUGUGUGUUGUUUCUUUCCAAAAGUGACUGUAUCUUAAUCCAUUGUGGCAUUAACGACGUGUUGAAAGAAAAAUAAAGACGACUAUGACACAUGAAAUCAAAAAGAAUGUGGGUAAAUAAUGUUUGCCGAGUAUUCAUAUGAAGGCUGUGAUGUUUUUUUUGUUUUUUUAAAGUUUUAUUUUAUUUCGGGUUAUUAUGGAUGGCAUCGCCCUAUCUCCCUCCCUCCCCCCACCUGCAUGUGAGUCCAAAUGAGAUGCAAUAAAAGAGAAAUACACUGAUCCAAACCAUCCUCACGGCUCAUCA